AUUCGCUCACUACUAAUGUUUGUGGUGCAUCGCCACUUCGCCAGUAGUCUCGCCUCGCCAUAGUUUUAGCUCUGGCAGAUCGCAGAGCAUCGAGAAAAUUAUUCCCAUUCAAUCGCAAUCAAAUAAGGAAGUGUACGGGAGUUUCAUAGCAGAGUGAAGAAAAAUAAACCAGUUGAAAUUGGGAACAUAGGGCCAGAUAGAGCUUGAAACACAGUGAAUAAUCGUGAAUAGGUUCUCUAUGAAACAAAAGUUUAAUAAUUAUUGUGGAAAGGAAAUUUGGUGACGGAUAGUGAAAGGUCUUUGGUUUGGCAUCUCGUUGCUGGUUGAUUCAAUCAAAUUUCUUUAAUCCGUGGACGUGGUGCGGUCCAUCUUUCUGUGCUAACAAAGAAGUGUCAUCGUUCAGGGGCGUGUGGUGCCUGCCUAGAAACGGCGCGGGCCUAAAUUUAGAUCAAAGUGGUAUAAAUCUACGCCGUUCCUAUUUUAUCCGAGGGAGGGCUUGAAGGAUUAUUUACGACAACAAUACAUUGUGAAUCAUCAUCAAGGUUCGCUAGUGGAUAAGGAGCUCCAGCUCCAUCAGCGAACAACAGUACGGCAGCGAUUGCAUCAUGGAUAUUACGCUGAUAGUCAAAGCAUCGAACCAGCAGUUCGAUGAUCAGACGAUCAAGUGCGAACCGUCCUGGACGAUCCGGCGGCUUAAAGGGCACCUGACGGAGGUUUACCCCGGAAAACCCAGUACAGACGAGCAGAAACUCAUCUACUCCGGUCAGUUAUUAGGCGAUAGUGUUGUUCUUAAGGACAUUCUUCGACACUACGAUGGCCAAGACGCUCACACAGUACACUUAGUAUUCACACCGAAAAACAACCGUCACAGGGACUUCAACUCAGGAGGGUCAUCUGCCGCUAGUAGCAGCACAGAAGCGAAUAUGUCACCAAAAGCCAAAAAUGAGCCAAGUGCCACAUCUACGACGACACCUGGCUCCAGAGUGGAAUCGGCACGAUCUCCCGAAUCUGGGACCAUUAGUUCCCAGUUUGGGACGGACGGUCUACGACAAAGGAACCUAGCCAGCAGUCAAAAUCUUAACACUUUACCGACUGCGAUUAACGCUAGCCCCAUCCCACCGGCUUCGGCUGACUACAUCAUGGGUCAACAUAUGGCUAUGCAAAAUUGGAUGCAGCAGGCCUAUAUGCAGUAUCUUAAUCAAUACAUGAAUGUGAUAUCCAACGGGCAAAAUCCUCAAGCGUUGUACGCGAGUGCCCCUUCAAACCCAGCCAACCCUGUCACCCCUCAAGCUAGUCCCCAAACUAAUGUCGCUGAAGCAGCACAGCCUAGCCAAAAUCCUAUUUUCGCACAGACCCUUCCCAACCUGGCCUACUAUCCGUACCUGUCCACAAUGAGCUCGACGUCAAUGCCUUCGGCCAGUAGCAUUCCAGCUCCGAUCACAUCAAGCGGCACCAUACCGUCUAGCCCCUCGCCGGCAGCAAGUGUCACACCCGGGCCAUCUAGUCAACCAACAAUACCGAGCCCCGUACCGCCAUCGACAACACCAGCCGUCGGAGCAGGUGUUUCAAGUGCUAGCAGUUCGCCCUCGAGCUCACCCGCAACGACUACGACGGCGGCAGCCGCAGGAACGGUUGCCAACGUGCCUCAGGACACGGCGGCAGCAGCACAAGCUGCUCCAGCAGCGGCACCAGCCGCGGGAGGUGCUGCAGCCGCUCCGGCUCGAAGGUUUCCGAACAUCGUUGUCGAAGAGCAGGAAAAUCGCGACUGGUUGGACAUCUUCUUCAGCAUGUGCCGGGUUGGAAUUCUCAUAACUGUGGUGUAUUUGUACUCAUCGCCGACUCGGUGUCUGACGGUGUUCCUGAUAGGGAUCGGACUGUAUCUCUACCAAAUCGGAUUUUUCCGAAACAACCGAGCAGAUAGAAUGGAACGAGCACGACGAUUGGUCGUCCAGCAAAUCAACAUGGCGCACAUGAUGAGACAGAAUGCUGAACUACGGGCACGUGCUGCUCCCGCUGGUCUCGCACCAGUCGAUCCUGAAGCCGCUGGUAAUGCACAAGCACCAAAUGUCGCCGCCGCUGCUUCUUCGGAAUCAUCAGCGAGAAUCCAAACCGAUGCUACUGAUGGAUCGAAAAAGGCCGACACCACGGAGGAGGCGGAAAAUGACCUGUCCGUUCAACAGGAUUCAAGCAUGACGGAAGAAACCACGGCUGGGACCGAACCAAAUGGAGAAGAACUAAUGAUCAAUCCGUCGAAUACCGCACCAGAGGAGAAUCGCGUUAACAUUAACGACGUGGCGGCAUUUAUCCGCACGUUGGUGUUGUCGUUUUUCACGUCGAUUAUCCCCGACACGCCAGCCGCCUAAUAAACACGAUUCAUUGAUGUCUCACGCGUCAUCACAUUUGGUAAAUGCAUAACAUAUGGUUGGAAAAUCUAUCGAAUUAUGUGAAUAGCUAUUGUUGUAGGAAAUCUGUGUUGGGUAGUAGGAGAAUUUACGUUCUAUUUAGGAAUCAUUCGAAAGUUUGCAAAACGAAGAAUUACCAAAUAGCGAGAUGUGUAAUCAAUUUAGAAUAUCUACAUUAGAUUGGCAUGUUUUUGUUAAGAAAUUUUCACACAUAACCAAAUUAUAAAGUUGCAUUUUUCCUUUACAACUUGUUUACGUUUAGUUUAGAAGAGCCCUGCAAAUCGGCAACAUUAUUCAGACAAAAUACAACAUUUAGAGUAAUGGAGUAACAUAA